AUGUUAACCCAAAAACUGCUCCUAAACUUCCGCUCCCUGGCUCUCCGCCCUCUGGCAUACAGCACAACUUCGGACCCGAAAAAUGAGGUUUUCCUGGAGAGAUUAACGGGGAAAGAUGAGGGCAUCACAAUCGUCAAUAUGAACCGUCCGGAGAAGAAAAACUCGUUGGGAAAGGUUUUCAUGGCUCAGUUCCGCGAAGUGCUGGAGGAGAUCAAAUACGAUCCAAAGACGCGGGUGGUGAUUUUGAACUCGAAGUGCGAGAAUGUGUUCUGCAGUGGAGCGGAUUUGAAAGAGCGCAAGACGAUGAGCCAGCAGGAGGCCACCAAAUUUGUUAACGGGUUGAGAGACUCGUUUACCGAUGUGGAACGUCUUCCACAACCCGUCAUCGCCGCUAUUGAUGGAUUUGCACUUGGAGGAGGGCUGGAGUUGGCACUCGCGUGCGAUAUUCGUGUGGCUUCUCAAAAAUCCAAAAUGGGCCUCGUCGAAACGAAAUGGGCACUGAUCCCAGGCGCCGGUGGUUCCCAGCGUCUGUAUCGAAUUGUGGGCGUGGCCAAAGCCAAGGAAUUGAUCUACACGGCGGCGGUUUUCGAUGGAUCCGAAGCAGAGAAGCUGGGCGUCGUCAAUCACUGUGUCGCAUCGAAUCCAAUCGAUAAAUCAAUCGAUAUCGCCAGAAAGCUCAAAAAGAUGCUAAUUUCCACUCUCUCCCGUCGCUUCGCCUCGUCAGCUACAGUAACCCCGACAGCUCAAAAAUGGGACAUUUUCGCGUCCGUAAUCCUAUCGCGACCGCCAAUAAUCGCGCCAAAAAUGUCGGAAAUCGAGGAGCGGUUCCAGAAAUUACAGAAGCAAGAGGAGGAGGAGAAGAGUCUGCUCUGUAACUAUGAGCUCAAGACGAAACAGGACUUGAACCAAAUUUCUGAUAUUUUGAACCAAUUUUCAGCCAUUUUUAGCCAAAUUUCAGCUGUUUUGAUUUAUUUUAGAGCUAUUUUAAGCCAUUUUUGGACCAUUUUCAGCCAAAUUUCUGAUAUUUUAAACCAAUUUUCAGCCAUUUUUAGCCAAAUUUCAGCUGCAAAUUUCCCGCUUAUUUUCAGAAUGGUCGCCCGUCGUGAACAACUGCUGCGCGAGGGAAAAGAGCUCUCCGAACUGGACGAGGAGAUCGGCGUGACGAAUGCUCAAAAAGAGGACGAUUGGUCGAAAGCGGCGGCGGAUUUGGACCAGAAAUUCAAAUUUGGCGCCAAUGUUUUGGCUGAAAAUGCGGCUGAAAAUCUGAAAAGUGUCGAUAGAGCGUUGGAGAGGAAGCUGGUGUUGAUUGUGAAGCAGAAAAUGGGAGGCGGAGCCGAGUACAGUAGCCCGUGGAUCUUGCCGCAGAUGAAGCAUCGGGAGGGCGAGACGUUGAGACAGACCCGAUUACCAGCUGUUUCAGAGCUAUUAUCAGCCAUUUUCAGCAAUUUUAACGAAUUUUGGACAGCCGAACGAUGCAUUGGCGAGCUGUCGGGCAGCGCGGACUUGAGUGUGGAUAUCAGUGGAAAUGCACCAUUCGGAGUGUUUACGCAUAGCCAAUUCUUCGAUAUUUCCAGAUAUCCCAAGCCGAUUGCCCAGAAAACGGGCGCUUCUGGAGCCAAGAUCUUCUUCUACACGGCGAAUCUAGCCCCAUCGACGACGACGACGUCAUCAUCAUCAGAAUCGUUUUCGGUGAAUCCAGAAGACGUUAGCGACUUUCAAUGGGUGACACGAGAGGAGUUCUGGAGUACUGUACCUGGCACCGACUAUAAGAAGGCGCGAUUUCCAGACUCAAAAAUUAUGAUUUUCGGCCUAUUUUCAGUCAUUGUUCUCUCUAGAUUUUAG